AUGCUGGCCUCGGCGCCCUCGCGUCGGGACUUCACCAAUGCCUCUCACCUCGCCCAGAACCACCGCCCGCACCCCCAGCACCCGCCGACUCGCCUCGAUGCCUUGUCGGAAGGCUCGCAAUACGCCAUGGAGCAACAUCAGCAGCCGCCGCAGACAAUGAACGGCGUCAAGCACCAGCACAGCUACAGCAACGGCAGCGGGGAAGGAAUGGAAAAUGCUGAAAAGGAUUCUGCAGCCAAGAGUGCGUCUUCGAACGGACAGCCGGUGCGACGACGCAUCAGUCGAGCAUGCGACCAAUGCAACCAGCUGCGGACCAAAUGCGACGGGAAACACCCAUGCGCCCACUGCGUCGAGUUCGGGUUGACGUGCGAGUAUGCGCGCGAGCGCAAGAAGAGAGGCAAGGCGUCGAGGAAGGAUAUUGCUGCGCAACAGGCUGCUGCGGCGGCUGGAGACGGCAAGGAUAGCAGUCCAAGGUCGGGGAACGAGAACGGCUCCGAGGCUGCCUCAGAUGCGCCGAAAGGUGUCAAACGGAGGAGAUCGAGCGUGGAAUUCCAACGGCCGCAGCCGCCGCAUCGGACGAACAGUAUGACGAGUCAGCCUCCUCAUGCUAUGCACCGGCCUGGACUGGAACCGUCUGGGGGAAGUGUUACGGGGAAUGCGAUCGGCGAGACGAAUGGUCUGGAUCGAAUACACCAGCGAUCUGUGCCUAUGGAUCAUCCAACCCCAGGCGUGGGACUGCCAACACCUAGAGUGCCAACAGCGCCUAUGCACCACGAACGUAGUAUGUCAGUUGGAAUGGGUGAAUAUGGGAGCAUCGAUGACUACCAUCGAAGUAUUCUCCAUCCUGCUUCGACCGUGACCGGGCAUAACAUUCUUCAUUCUGGCCCAACUGCCAUGCCACACUCAAUGAUACAAGGCGGGACGAUCACAGGUUACGGCGACAGUCCUUAUGGCGUUCCAUCUCCCUCCAGCCAGCAAGGCGCAGGUCCGCCAUAUCGAAUGGACGAGUCGCCUCUAUCUGCUGGGGUCUUUGGACAAUCACCGCUGGCUGCUGGAUCUCCUGGCUGGUUGUCAUUGCCUUCACCCUCCGCUGCGCUAUACCCACCAACCUCAAAUCAGACUCUAAGAUACCCAGUCUUACGACCUUUGCUACCUCACAUUUCCGCAAUCAUCCCCAUUGGCCUGGCAUGCGAUCUCCUCGAACUGUACUUCUCCAGCACUUCCUCCGUCUUCAUGCAACCGCAGUCCCCUUAUGUCCUCGGACACAUAUUCAGGAAGCGAUCUUUUCUGCGACAGAACAACCCUAGACAAUGUAGCCCAGCUCUCUUAGCAAGCAUCCUGUGGGUGGCAGCCCAGACUAGCGAAUCCGCUUUCUUGACAUCGGCACCGUCAGCACGUGGCAAGAUCUGUCAGAAACUGCUUGAGUUGACAGUCGGCCUUCUCAAACCACUCAUACAUACAUCUACAGAUGGUCCGCAGCUUUACGCAGGCAACACUGUUAUCAACGGCGUAGCAUUGGGUGGAUUCGGCGUUUCACUACCCGGACAGGCACAUGAUAUGGAAGGUGGAUCACCGGGAGCUAGUGGCGCUUUGGAUGAUGUUGCAACCUACAUCCACCUCGCGACUGUGGUAUCUGCGAGUGAAUACAAAGGCGCAAGUCUCCGAUGGUGGAAUUCGGCAUGGUCACUAGCGCGAGAAUUGAAGCUUGGCCGCGAACUACCACCAAAUCCAGAACCUCAAAACCCAGAUGGACCAGAAGCGGAGGCUGAAGCUACGGGUGAAGCGGGCCAUCUUGGAGUUCUUGGACGAGGCAAUCAGCCUGGGUUUGUACAUGAAGAGGAGCGAGAAGAGAGGAGACGAAUCUGGUGGCUGCUCUACAUUGUGGACAGACAUCUGGCGCUGUGUUAUAACAGGCCGCUUUACCUUCUUGAUGUGGAAUGCGAUGGUCUCAUGCAACCCGAGAAAGAGGCAGUCUGGCAAACAGGCGAGUUCUUUCCAGGGGAGAACCACGCAGAGUCGACAUAUUUCCGGAGGAGAGGACCCAGCUUUGAGUGUACCGGACACAGCAUUUUUGGCUACUUCUUACCUUUGAUGACGAUUCUGGGGGAGAUUGUAGAUCUCAACCACGCGCGAAACCACCCCCGAUUCGGCCUCAGAGUUAGAAACAACGCCGAAUGGGACGAACAAGCCAACGAAAUCCGCAAGCAACUCGAAGCCUACGGCCGCAGCCUUCAAGACUUCGAAACCCGCAACGUGACGAUGCCCGAGGGUACCAAAGAAAGCACCAACGGCACAGACAACAACAACCACAUCGACGGCACAAGCCCGCACUCCGUCGGCACGACCAACUCCCACCAACAACGCAUGACCGAAGCACACCUCCAAACCAAAAUCGUCCUCGCCUACGGCACUCACCUCAUGCACACCCUCCACAUCCUGGUCAACGGCAAAUGGGACCCCAUCUCGCUCCUCGACGACAACGACCUCUGGAUCUCGUCGCAGUCGUUCAUCUCCGCGACCGGCCACGCCGUCUCGGCCGCCGAGGCCAUCAAUGAGAUUCUGGAGUACGACCCGGAUCUGAGUUUCAUGCCCUUCUUCUUUGGGAUUUACCUCUUGCAGGGAAGUUUUUUGCUUUUGUUGAUUGCGGAUAAAUUGGGCAGUGAGGCGAGUCCGUCCGUUGUUAAGGCCUGCGAGACGAUUGUGCGUGCGCAUGAGGCGUGUGUUGUUACGUUGAAUACGGAGUAUCAGCGAAAUUUCCGCAAAGUCAUGCGUUCCGCCCUCGCACAGGUCCGGGGGCGGUCGGCCCAGGAGGAUUUCGGCGAGCAGCAGUUACGACGCAGGGAGGUUUUGGCGUUGUAUAGGUGGACGGGGGAUGGCACGGGUUUGGCGCUGUAG